CGUAACAUGAAAGGAUAGUAAAAUGGUAGCGUACUCUGGAUAAGAUAACAAAGGGUGUAAAAGGGCCGAAUCAAGAUCAAAGGGUUUUUUUUUCAACCGGCGCCUUUUAUUCAAUAUAAUUGAAGGAUAUGGUAUAUAUAAGGCAAUUCUUGCGUUUCCAAGCGUCUAGAAUUGCGACAAUCGCAGCAGCUAAAACGUAAACGACCAAAACAUCAUGCCCGAAGGUAAGAAGGACGACGGACAAGGCAAGAAGGACGACAAUCCGAUCAAGAAAGACGAGAAACCUCUUCCUAAUGUCUAUCUCAAAAUAUCUAUCAAUGGGAAAGAAGUGGGCAAAGUGGUGAUCAAAUUGUAUGACGAUGUGGUACCCAAGACGUGUGCCAAUUUUAGGUCUCUGUGUACUGGCAACAAACCAGACCAAACCCCACUCCCACCCUCAUUCACCUACCGCUCCACCCCCUUCCACCGUAUCAUCCCCAGCUUUAUGAUCCAGUCUGGCGAUUUCGAACGACAGGACGGUACGGGCGGGGUGAGUAUCUAUGGCGAGAAAUUCCCGGAUGAGAAUUUUGAGAAAAAGCAUGAUAAAGUCGGGUUGGUGAGUAUGGCGAAUUGUGGUGCCCAUUCGAAUGGGAGCCAGUUUUUUAUCACGACGGUCGAGAAGUGUGAGUGGUUAGACGGGAAACACGUAGUGUUCGGGGAAGUGGUAGAAGGCAUGGAUGUCGUGAAAGAGGUGGAAUCAAAGGGGAACAAGGAAGGCAAACCUCCCAAGGACAAGAUUAUCAUCUCUGCCUGCGGAGCCGUCUGAGGUCGCCAUAUUCCUGCCUUUCAUCCCGUCAUCUUUGUGUAUCAGUAACAAAGAUUAUACAGCGUUCCAUAUACAUGAUGCAUGAUGAGCUAUAGGCCAUGUACGGUACGG